AAAAACAGAUUUCACAAAAAAAUACAAAUUGAGCAUUAAGCCCUGCAGUCUGAACUUAGACUUUGACUUUCUUUGGAAUACUGUGGCUCCUUCCUCUGUUGUCACUGCUGUGAGCCUUGGCAUUUUGGUCUUAAAAUGUUUGUAUUAACCUGCGACACAUGAUCCUAUUUCGCUAUUUUGUCCCGCAAAAAAUCGUAUUAUAAUAUAGAGUCUGGCUCUGAAUUAUACGUAUUAUGCUGAAUAACUCUAAAUGUAUUAAUUCCAUGACUAUUAUCUCUGGUGCUUAACUCUGUGCACUAAUAAAUAGAUAAUGGUUUAUGUUUUAUAUUUGUUUUUACAUUUAACUGUCUCCAUCUAAGUCUUACCCUCUUUCUUAUAUCAAUUUCUUAAGACCACUAAAAUGAGUAUCGCUUUUGGCAUUUUGGUUUUGUAAAAGUAGCUGACUGGAGGAAAAAGGUUGGAGCCCUUUAGAUUGACUAAAUGUGUUUUGUGCAGAUCUAUAACCUGUUCCCGUGGCUCGGGCGCCUGGUGCCGAACAGGAAUGAAGUUAUAAAAAACAAGAAGAAAGCUGAAGAACAGAAUCGAAGGUUUUUUCAGAAACUGAGAGAGACUCUGAACCCACAGAUGUGCAGAGGCUUAGUGGACGCCUUCAUGCUGACUCAGGAAAAGGAGAGCGCCAUUCCUAACUCUCCGUACCAUGAGGAGAACCUGGUCCAGACGGUUCUGCAGAUGUUUGCAGCAGGAACCGAGAGCACGGCUGCGACUCUGAGAUGGGCCUUUCUGCUCAUGGCCAAGUUCCCACACGUCCAGGACCAGGUUCGUGAGGAGAUCUUCAGGGUGAUCGGAAGUCGCCAGGUCCAGACGGAGGACAGAAGAGACCUGCCCUUCACAGACGCCGUGAUCCACGAGACGCAGAGGUUCGGGAACAUCGCUCCAGUGUCCCUGCCCCACAAAACCAGCCGAGACAUCACCUUCCAGGGACACUUCAUCAAAAAGGGCACUCAGGUGUGGCUGCUCCUCACCUCUGUGCACUUUGACGAGAGCGAAUGGGAAAAGCCUCACAGUUUCUAUCCGGCUCACUUCCUCCACAAAGACGGAACGUUCAGGAAGAGAGACGCCUUCAUGCCCUUCUCUGCAGGUCGUAGGAUUUGUCUGGGAGAGUCUUUGGCUCGGAUGGAGUUGUUCAUUUUCUUUGUGACGUUGAUGCAGAGUUUCCGCUUCACUGCGCCCCCUGGUGUUCGCGAGGAGGACCUGGACCUGAGAGCUCGGGUCGGCCUCGCGCUGAACCCUACGCCGCACAAACUCUGCGUCGUGUCCUGCGCCUAAACACCCUCCAGACCUUUGAAAGACGAGCUGUUUGCUUUUCUGGAGUUGAUGGGGGCAGGAGAAGUUUUUCCUUUUAAUUCCACUGAACUUUGCAAUGAAAUAUCAGAAAAGUAAAGGUGCGUUCUUUUAUCCAUCCAUCUCCAACUCGGAUCUCGGAAACGACGUCAUGUCUGCGCUUCAACUGGUUUAUUAUAUUUAUUAUGUUUUCGUGGACGCCAAACCAGAAAGCUUUUGUUGCUUUAGGAUCGGCCGAGUAUCAGGCCCCAAAAUAAAUCUGUACUUCAAAUACACAACUGAAGAAGAAUUCAGUAUAAACAGAAUAAUUUAAUAUAAACAGAAUAAUUUAGUAUAAACAGAAUAAUUCAGUAUAAACAGAAUAGUUCAGUAUAACAGAACAAUUCAGUAUAAACAAAAUUCAGUUCUUACAUCUCUGGUCGUGCAGAGUCCAUAAAAAGUUAAAUAAAACCAAAUCAAAUACAAACAAACACGCGCCGAACAUUCAAACCUUUAAAUUGUCAUUUAAACCACCAAACCUCCAAACACAAUGAAAACAGUUCAUACUAAACACGUCGUCGUGGAUUCUGUCUGGGAAUCCUGGCUCUGAGUUCUUCCCAGUUUCUCUGUCUGAGGAAAAGGACGUGUCCCAAAGCAACAUCCUCGGAUUUCUGAGUCGGACGGAUAAACAAACGCACCAUAAAUCAGUAGUUACAUUUAACAGUGGCACAAUUUUCUAUAAAUUCACAAAAUAAAGCUGUUGUCAUUUA